GCGGCCGGUGCGGGGCUGCGCUGCCAGCCGCCGACGUUCCCUUCCCAACGAAAAUGUGAGAGGAUAUCUUAACGAAUUCCCCCCUGGUUGGUUUUGGUCAAAGGAAAGGCUGGGUAGUGCCCCCCUGCAGCUGGUGAGGGGAGGGUGAGGAUGAGGAACCAGAUGUGGGGCGCACCCACCUUCCGCAAGCUGCCCGACCGACGGAUCCGCAAAGCCCGCUUCAAGGACCGGGACCUGCGCGUGCUCAUCGACUCGGUCUCAUGGAGCGGCGCAGCGACAUCUUCGGCGAGGGCGGCCAGCCGCCCACCAUGCAGAGCCGCCGGCAGGCCUGGCUCUUCGUUAUGGAGAAGGUCAACGCCGUGUCAGGCACCCGCCGCACCUGGGAGGAGGUGCGCAAGAAGGUGCACGACCUGAAGAAGAGCACCAAGGAGAAACUCGCAUAUAACAGAAGAUCGCGCCAAAUCUCAGUGGGAGGACGGCCGGACAUCAAAACCUUGACCGAGUUUGAGAACGACAUGAUCGCUCUUUUUGGGAAGGAAACCUUUGAGGGCCUUGACCCUGUGGACCUGGGUGUCACGUCUAGGCUCAGCGACCAAGGGGAAACAAGUGGAUCAUCCACCAUAGCUGUAAAACAGCACCACUCACCUAAGUACCAAGUGUCCCCAUCCCACCCUGAAGCAGGCACCAGUACAGAUACACCCACUGGAGGAGAUGGUAGUGUUGAGGAUGAGGAGGAACUGGGUGAGUCACUGAACAUUAGUGAGGGAGGGCGACCAAUACUGGUAGAUGAUGAGAGGUCUUCUUUCGAAGGCUGGAGACCCCCAGUGCUGGGCCCACCAAUAGAGGCAGAUGUAGAUACAGAUCUCAGUGGGCCUGCCUUCAAACGGAGGCUGUUGGAGCACGAGUUCAGUGUGGAGCAGUCGCUUGCCUCCAUUCACACAACUGUGGAAGAUGGCAUGCUUAUGCUGGACCAACGGUUGUGUGCACUGCAGUCUGCCAUCGAGCAGUUGUCGACACCAGUGGCUUCUGCAGUGGAAACUUCCCUUACACAGGCCUUGGAAACAGUCGGGUCCUCGCUCAUGAAUGCCCACACUGCUGCUAUAGAGGUUUUAGGCUCCAAACUCCAAGAAGCUGUUAAGGCAGGCUUCAUCUCACUUGGAGAACGUUUGCAGGCAACCAUGGCAGAGGGGUUCCAAGGUCUCAUAGAAGCUCAGUGCUCUAUGAUUACACAGAUUAUAGGUCAGCGUGAAAAGAUGGCGUCCACCAGUGGAGUAGGGCAGGCUCGUCCAGCAGGUGGUCAUUCGAGUAAAGGUUCACUGCCGAUGAAGCACCCUCCUCAGGCGACUGGAGGUGCAGCCUCUGAAAGGUUAGAGUCCAGAGCGACUCAACACCAGAGACCGCUGGCACUGAUGCAGGUCCAUCAGGGUUAGCUGCAGAUACAAGUAGCAGGACUUCUGUAUUCUACGCAGCUUCAGAGUUGGUUGUAGGUGCCAACGUGCAGAAACACUGGGGAAUCAGCACUGUGUACUAAUGCUUCUUCCUGUCUCCGUCUCCCAGCCACACCCUGCCCCAGUCCCGGUGCUGAACCUGUCACGGUGGGAGUUCGCUGGUACAGCAUUCAGCUCAGAAGCAGCCAGCACAUGCUCUGCUCAGUUUGGUGUGUUUGAAAAUGUGCAUUUAUUUUAAAGUUAGAAUGGUUAAACUCCCAGUGAAGAGAGCAAAUGCUGGCUGUUGGGGUGACCUGCUCCACCGCCAGGUGAGUGAGAACAGGAUGGACAGUGGCAGUACAACAGGCAGGUGAGGGGAAGAUGGCAGAUCGGUACCUGGGUGGGUGCAGGAAAUAGAUCACUGUGAUGCAGGUGAGUGGGCAGAGGUAGAAUGGUGCAGGAUAACACGCCAGUGACUCACCCUUCUGCAGUUCCCUUUAUUAAUUCAGAUGUUUUUAUAUAGGGUGUAUUGCUGCUGGGUUUGGGCUGUUUGAAUCUGGUGGUCUGGAAAGGGUACAAUGUUGAUUGGUGAAGCAUCACUUAAAGCUUCUGUCUGAUAUUCUUGCUGUGUAGGAGUUAAUCUAUUCAAUUAGCGAAUGUGGGAAUAUUUUAUGGGUGCUUUAAGUGUUUGUGUUUUGAAUUUUGAAGCCUGGAAAUGUUCCCCUCAGCUUGGAAUGCUCAUUAGCAUGCCUUUCCACACAGCCAGAUUGACCAGCUUCACACUGAUCAACGUGCCCUCCCCUUCCCUCCGCUCCCAUCCCUCCCCAGCACUGUAAAAACGAUAUUAAAUUAGAACAUGGAUUGAACUGUCAGUAAGUGUGCUGCUUCUAGAGAGUCCCACAAACUGUAUGCUUGGGAAGGGAAGUGGUUUCUAUUUGGGAACAGUUAAGUAGGAACAUCAGGGAGGCAGUUACACGUUACUGUGCCCUGUAUCCGCAGUUUGAGGUUGCCUCACAGCCGCCCUUCUUUGGCAAACCUUAAAUUACACAGUGGUAGGUAGCACGCACGAACAUGGCAGAGGACAUGCACGGCACACGCCAAGGAGAAAUGUGGGAGUGGAGACACGAGGCAUGUACACUGCUCUGUUAAAUAAAUGGAAUUUACUUUUA